AGAUCACCAAUCACUUGUGGUCGGUCCAUUCCCGUGGACGGUCGCGUUUUCAACUCGUUCGUCGUUGGAUUUCGGAAAAGUGCGGUACCCGGUUGACAGAGUUCCAGCUCCAGCCCUCUCUGCCUCCGUUUCACGUCGGUUCUUGUUAUAGGUCAAAGAUUUUGACCCGGAAAAGUGUCUUGUACCUCUUAUGUGUAGUUAGUGUAUUGGCGAUGCUUGAACCAUUAUCUGCGGAAGUCCAAGUGGAUUUGCGUUAGUUGGUUAUUAUUGGUGCGUGCAAUUAGACUAGCCGCAACUUGGCACUUGAGUGCGAGUGUGAAGAAAAACCAUCAGAGCUACUAGAACAAGUGUGUUGUGUCUUUUCUAAGUGACGAGCUAAAAGGUUGAACAUCAUAUUCGGUCGGAUAUCACAAGUGAGUGAUACUUGUACGUAAAUUGUACUGGUAUUCCGGUUCCUAACCAUGAGUGUUCUGUCAUGAAGUGAAGUUUAAUCCUACAGAGGAUAAAACAAAAUAACGAAACAAAAGUAUUACAUAACUCCCCGUAUGAAGUGAGAACAAGCAGCAGCAGCAGCCGUUAAGAAGAAUUGCUUCAAGUGUGGUUUUCGGUGAAGUUUUACAAUUGAAUUUAACAUCCUAGAUCUGGCCAACAUCGCCCAAGCUAGCGGAUAGCGAUCCGACAACCAACAUGUGGCCCAUACGGUGGGCAUUUCUCUUCACCACGCUGCUGUGCAUAACGGCGGCCGAACCAGACGCUAUUCCAAAUAACAUUAAUUUAGCUGAUAGUGUAGCAUUAAACGAACCGGUAGCGGAUAUCGAUGCAAGUCCCCUGAGCAGGUUCAAACGAAACAAUGGAGUCCGCGGGUCUUUUCGCGGUCAAACGCAGUCACAGUACUUACACUUCGGAGACAAUCAGGACGGAAAGGCGGAGGCGGAAGCAACACAGCACAGUUCUAGAGCGGUAGUUGUGGGUUCCAAUGGCAUGGGCCAGGCACAAAGCCAAUCGAUGGGGGCCGAUUGCAGCUCUUGUUUCGAUGUGGGACAAGAUGGCAGGAGUUACGUGUAUGAUGCACGACCUGAUCCACUAAGAGCACCCAGCGGUUACGAUUACCGAUCUCCAGGUGCCGGGGAUGACAGGUUCCGUCCAGGAAGUGACACCUUUGAUCGGUUUUCCGUACCUGGUGGAAGACCAGGCGCAGGGACUGGAGUUGGUGGACCUGGUAGUACAGCUGGAGGUACAGGAACCGGUCAACUUCCUUCUGGAACAGGAACUGGUGGAACAGGUACGGGACAAUACUUUGGCGGUACUGGACAAUAUCCAGGUGCUACUGGAACUGGUCACGGAGGAACGGGUGCAGGAGGUGAUGGAAGCGCACGACCAGGAACUGUUGGGACCCCUGGAUUUGAUGCGUAUGGAAGACCAAUUCCAGGAACAUCUGGAAGACCCAUCGGAGGAACGGACUCCUAUGGAAGACCCCUUGGGCCAGACGGAAGACCCCUUGGGCCAGACGGAAGACCUCUUGGACCGGACGGACGGCCUCUUGGACCGGAUGGAAGGCCUGUCGGACCAGAUGGAAGGCCAGUUGGACCAGAUGGCCGGCCACUUGGACCAGAUGGAAGGCCUCUCGGGCCAGACGGAAGACCUCUUGGGCCAGACGGAAGACCUCUUGGACCGGACGGUCGGCCUUUAGGACCAGAUGGAAGGCCUCUCGGACCAGAUGGAAGACCUCUCGGACCAGACGGAAGACCUCUUGGGCCAGACGGAAGACCUCUUGGACCUGAUGGAAGGCCUCUUGGACCAGAUGGAAGACCCCUUGGACCAGAUGGAAGGCCCCUUGGACCAGGUGGAAGACCUACUGGGCCAGAUGGCCGACCCCUUGGACCAGAUGGAAGGCCACUUGGGCCGGAUGGAAGACCUCUUGGACCAGAUGGCAGGCCCCUCGGACCAGAUGGAAGACCUCUUGGACCAGAUGGAAGGCCUCUUGGACCGGAUGGACGGCCCCUUGGACCAGAUGGAAGGCCCCUUGGACCAGAUGGAAGGCCCCUUGGACCAGAUGGAAGGCCCCUUGGACCAGAUGGCAGGCCCCUCGGACCAGAUGGAAGACCUCUUGGACCGGAUGGACGGCCCCUCGGACCAGAUGGAAGACCCCUAGGACCAGAUGGGAGGCCCCUCGGACCAGAUGGAAGACCUCUUGGACCGGACGGCAGACCCCUUGGACCAGAUGGAAGGCCUCUUGGACCAGAUGGACGACCCCUUGGACCCGAUGGAAGACCUCUUGGACCAGAUGGCAGGCCACUAGGACCAGAUGGACGACCUCUUGGACCGGACGGAAGGCCUCUUGGACCAGACGGUAGGCCUCUAGGACCAGGCGGAAGACCUACUGGACCAGAUGGUCGGCCCCUCGGACCAGAUGGAAGACCUCUUGGACCAGAUGGAAGACCUGUUGGACCAGACGGAAGACCUAUCGGACCAGAUGGAAGGCCUAUUGGUCCAGACGGAAGGCCUCUUGGACCAGAUGGGAGACCUCUUGGACCAGAUGGUAGACCUCUAGGACCUGAUGGCAGGCCUCUUGGACCGGAUGGAAGGCCUAUCGGAGGCCCUGGAUCAACAGGGAUCCAUGGUGGACCAUCUCCAAUUGGUACACCUGGCGUACCAGGUUUUUACACUCCCGGAGGUCCGAAACCCCAGGUAAUGGGACCGUCACUGGCUGAUAUCUCACAAGGUCCUUCAACCAUCUACGGAGUUCCAGGAACUCAUACAGUGACCCUUCCGGGUCACGACCAUACCGUUGUUAAUCCAACCGGAGGGCUAACAGUAUUAGUAGGCACCGGCAGUCCGAAGCAAACGGUUAUCGGUUCCGACAGCCGACUGGACGGUCAUGGACCGGUAAAAAUUAUUCCUGGUCCUGCCGACAGUUCCGGUCCACCGAAGCAAACUGUUUUUGCACACCCCGGCGGUGUGACGGUGCUUGUUGGAACGGGUGGGCCUCAUCAAACCGUGCAUCAUCUACCGGUUUCCGGUAGCUACCCUAUCGCACCACAAACCAUUCAAACAGGAACAGGAAUAGCGCAUCCUGGUAUUUAUCAUCCCGGGAUGGUAGGUGGCACUGGAACCCAAUAUCCAGGAACAACAGGCGCUGGACAAUAUCCAGAUCAAUACCAGCCUGGAGGCACAGGACCUGGAGGUCCUGGAACAGGAAUCUCAGGAGGAACGACUGGUACGGGCACAGGUACUGGAGCUGGACAACUUGCUGGAACUGGACAGUACCCAGGAGGUACUGGACACGCACAAUAUCCUGGAGGUCCGGGUGUUGGUACAGGGGCUGGACAGUAUCCAGGUGGAACUGGUAUUGGACAAUAUCCAGGUGGAACGGGAGCUGGGCAGUACCCAGGCGGAACAGGUGCUGGACAAUAUGCGGGUAGCGUAGGUGGAGGACAGUAUCCUGGUGGUGUAAAUGGAGGACAGUUUCCGGGUGGAACGGGUGCUGGACAAUACCCUGGUGGAACGGGCGCAGGGCAAUACCCAGGUGGAACAGGCGCAGGGCAAUACCCAGGUGGAACAGGAACGGGACAAUACCCAGGCGGCCCAGGGGCUGGACAGUAUCCCAGUGGAACAGGAGCCGGACAGUAUCCAGGAGGAACAGGCGCCGGACAACAUCCAGGUGGAACGGGCGGAACAGGGGCUGGACAAUAUCCCGGUGGAACAGGAGCUGGGCAAUAUCCAGGAGGAACAGGUGCUGGACAGUAUCCUGGAGGAACAGGCGCUGGACAGUAUCCUGGAGGAACAGGUGCCGGACAACAUCCAGGUGGAACGGGUGCUGGACAAUAUCCAGGUGGAACUGUACAACACCCUGGAGGAGUCGGACAACAUCCAGGAGGAACAGGCGUAGGACAAUAUCCUGGUGGAACAGGUGCUGGGCAAUACCCCGGUGGAACAGGAGCCGGCCAGUAUCCAGGAGGAACAGGGGUUGGGCAAUUACCUGGCGGAACAGGUGCUGGACAGUAUCCUGGAGGAACAGGCGCUGGACAGUAUCCUGGAGGAACAGGCGCUGGACAGUUUCCAGGUGGAACAGGUACUGGACAAUAUCCAGGCGGUACAGGUACUGGACAACACCCUGGAGGAAUCGGACAACUUCCAGGAGGAACAGGAGCAGGACAAUAUCCUGGUGGAACAGGUGCUGGUCAAUUCCCAGGAACAACAGGAGCAGGACAAUAUCCUGGCGUAUCAGGUGCUGGACAAUAUCCCGGUGGAAUAGGCACGGGACAAUAUCCAGGAGGGACAGGUGCUGGACAAUAUCCAGGAGGAACGGGGGCCGGACAGUAUCCAGGCGCUACUGGGGCUGGACAAUAUCCUGGGGGAACUGGCUCUGGACAGUAUCCAAUUGGACCUGGAACAGGAGUAGGACAACAACCUGGAAUUGGAGGUACAGGAUCUGGACAGUAUCCUGGAGGAGUCGGUGUUGGACAACUUCCAGGAGGUACCGGAACGGGACAAUACCCAGGGGGAAUGGGCACGGGACAGCUUCCAGGUGGUGUUAGCAUUGGCCAACAUCCUGGUAGUACAGGUGCAGGACAGCACACAGGAGGUGUAGGUGGUGGACAAUAUCCAGGAGCCGGAACUGGAUCAGGCACUGGACAAUAUCCGGGUGGAACAGGUACCGGACAAUACCCUGGAGGAACAGGAAUCGGACAAUACCCAGGAGGUACGGGUGUCGGACAAUAUCCAGGAGGAGCAGGUAGUGGUGGCCAGUACCCGGGAGGUACGGGUACCGGUCAGUAUCCUGGGGGUACGGGUACUGGUCAAUAUCCAGGCGGUGCUGGAACUGGUAUUGGUGGCACUGGAACCGGACAUUAUCCAGGAAGCGGUAUAUCAGGACAGUAUCCCAGUGGACCGGGUACUGGUACUGGUCAAUACCCAGGUGGAACAGGAACAGGAGUGGGUAUAGGAACAGGAGGCAUUGGUGGUCAAUAUCCAGGUCAAAGACCAACCAGUAUAGAUCAAUAUCCAAGUACGAUAACUCAGGGAGGUUCCGUAGUAAGCGGAGGUCCUCAAACUAUUCAGGCCGUAUCGGACGAUGACGAUUCGUUUUCGCAAGCGGAAUCUUCGGUGAACAAUGGACAGGCUAUUGCCAGCGCACAGGGUCGUAAAAAUGGUGGCACGGCACAAACGCAGGUAUCCGGAACGUACACCGGAACGGGUUCAUUCAGUGCGAGCGCUCAAACAAGCGACAAUAAUCGGGCGGCUCAAGCGCAGGUGUCUGGUGGAAAGGAAGGAGCACUGAGUUCUUCUCAGGGGUCGGGAGGAAGCGCAAAAUCCCAAUCGCAAGUGCAGGUUGACUCGAAAACUGGAGGAACAUCUGCGACUUCACAGACGGGUGGACUGGGCCAUCAAAGCCAAUCGGAGGUGGUAGCAAACGAAAAGGGUGGUUUGGCCGAUGCCCAAUCCAGUGGUCCAGGACAAACGUCAUCGCAGGCACAGAUUGGUUUCCGACCGCAAGGUGAAGAGACUCAACAGUCCAAUAUUUUCAACGGCGGAGGACAGGCAUCUGCCCAGUCCGGGUCUCAUUCGGGCCAGAGUCAAUCUCAGAUAAGUGGCAAAUUCAACUUCGGCAUUUCGUACCACGGUGCAGCACAGGCAGCGUCUGGAACAAAGGAAGAGGUCGGUCGCUAUCGAGAGAGCAGUAAAAAGUUGUUCCAAUCGAUUGGACUGUUUGGCAAAACCAACAACGGAGUAUCCCGACAGCGAGAGUCUGACGUUGUUGAUCCAAACGGUAUGAGAUUACGCACAUCACAGCAGAGUUCAGUAACUGAUUUCAAUCCACCUCCUAAACCCGAGGAGGAAGUCGAAUAUGAAGAAGAAGAUGAGGAGUACGAAGAAGAAGAUUAUGAAACAACCGAUGCUGGACCUGUUGGAAUGAGAUCUGGAAUAACUGAAGAAAAGAAGACUACCAUAGUAGAACUACCGCCACCAACAAUUGCUGCCUCUGUUCCAACUAGUACAGUUCGUCCGAAUCGUAACUUCAACAUUAACAGUGGAAAUGGAAAAACCUAUUCCCAGAAUACCCCUACUCAAAAACAGAGUGCUGCCGUAGCCACUGCCGACAAAUACCGACUUGUUCAGACGCAGAACGGCAACACGGCCGUCCACGAAAGUUCCAGUGCGAAGAUUCCUGAUGGAUUUAGCGACAUUGGAGGCGGCACUGAAACCACUACACCAGUGGCAACUACCGUACAAGUACAAACUACCACAUCCAAAUACAACACACGUUACCUUCCUUCGAAACAUGCGGACAACAACGGGAACAGGCUCACCGGUGACUCAAAAUUGCCCAACCCUGAUAGCUACAUAUCGGUGACCAAGCAAGUAACCGGUAUCGAUGAGAACAGCAAGGUACCGGCCAUCCCCGGCAAAAACUACGAAUCAACCUACUACACCAAGUCAUCCACCUGCGGGUACUUUACCUUCUCCUGUAACAUCGUGUACGGGGCCAACGGCAGGAGUAAGAUCUGUCGACCAAAGCCGCCCACAAAUGGGAAAUGUUAAACCAAAGAGCGUUGAGCUUUUAGCGUUAAAAAGUUUUAUUGUCUAGUACCUAGGAAUGCGCCUUCUUUCUCUCUCACCUCUACACACAUAACUGCCAUUACCAACAGUCUUAAUUAAGCUUAUUUGCUCAUCUGCGAACUGGAAGCUGCCAAAACAAGACGUCCAAAGCGCGAAGACACGAAGCCUAAUCAGUGAUAGUUUUAAAUUAAAAAAAAAAUGAUCCAAAGAUUAUUGCCUUAAUCUAAGAACGUCAAUGUUCCCAGUGAAAGAAACUAAUAAAGUUUUCGAA